GUAGUUCAGGGUCACCGAAAGAGUCUGUUCUCCUCGGAAGGACUGCCUGUAGUGAGGGCGACUGACUAAGCGGACAGGCCCUGAACCCCAUUUCCCAUGUGGCUUUGCGCGGCGGGCAGGUCACGUGACGGCAGCGCGGGCUUUGGAAGGCGGCACAGCAAGAAGUUACCCCCGGUGGAUCGGAGAAGUAGGGUUUGGGGCUGCCUUGGACACCACCGGACCCAGCGAUAGCUGCCGAGGCUUUCCUCCCCAAAGACCAGCUGUCCCUCCUCUGCAUUGCCAUGGGAAUUCAAGGCCUGGCCAAAUUAAUUGCUGAUGUGGCCCCCAGUGCUAUCCGAGAGAAUGACAUCAAGAGCUACUUUGGCCGCAAGGUGGCCAUUGAUGCCUCCAUGAGCAUCUAUCAGUUCCUGAUUGCUGUUCGUCAGGGUGGGGAUGUGCUCCAGAACGAGGAGGGGGAGACCACUAGCCACCUGAUGGGCAUGUUCUACCGCACCAUCCGCAUGGUGGAGAAUGGCAUCAAGCCUGUGUAUGUCUUUGACGGCAAACCGCCACAGCUGAAGUCAGGUGAGCUGGCCAAACGCAGUGAGCGGCGGGCUGAGGCCGAGAAGCAGCUGCAGCAGGCUCAAGCAGCUGGAGCAGAGGAAGAGGUGGAAAAAUUCACGAAGCGGCUAGUGAAAGUCACAAAGCAGCACAAUGAUGAGUGCAAACAUCUGCUGAGCCUCAUGGGCAUCCCAUACCUUGAUGCACCUAGUGAGGCAGAGGCCAGCUGUGCUGCCCUGGUGAAGGCUGGCAAAGUCUACGCUGCAGCCACUGAGGACAUGGACUGCCUCACCUUCGGCAGCCCUGUACUAAUGCGACACCUGACUGCCAGUGAGGCCAAGAAGCUGCCCAUCCAGGAAUUCCACCUGAGCCGGAUUCUGCAGGAGCUGGGUCUGAACCAGGAGCAGUUUGUGGAUCUGUGCAUCCUGCUGGGUAGCGACUACUGUGAGAGUAUCCGAGGCAUUGGGCCCAAGCGGGCCGUGGACCUCAUCCAGAAACACAAGAGCAUCGAGGAGAUUGUGCGGAGGCUUGACCCCAACAAGUACCCUGUACCGGAAAACUGGCUUCACAAGGAGGCCCAGCAGCUCUUCCUGGAACCCGAGGUGCUGGACCCAGAGUCUGUGGAGCUCAAGUGGAGCGAGCCAAAUGAAGAAGAGCUGGUCAAGUUCAUGUGUGGCGAAAAGCAGUUCUCUGAGGAGCGAAUCCGCAAUGGAGUCAGGCGGCUGAGCAAGAGCCGUCAAGGCAGCACCCAGGGCCGCCUGGACGAUUUCUUCAAGGUGACUGGCUCUCUCUCUUCAGCUAAGCGCAAGGAGCCAGAACCCAAAGGGUCUGCUAAGAAGAAGGCAAAGACUGGGGCAGCAGGGAAGUUCAAAAGGGGAAAAUAAACGUGUUUCCCCCCAUUGUCCCUCCUUGAGCCCAGAAUAUCUGCUAGAUAUCUCUAGGUGUGCUAGAGCUAGCACACCUGGAAGCAUGGGGCGGGAAGGGGGAAGAUUCCAUUGCUUUUCUAGUGCUUCCCUUCUCAGUACUGCUUUUCCUUUUUUACUUGAUUUUAUGGCAAGAAAGCUACAGGGGUGCUUUCUUUUCUUUUUUUUAAUCUCAGGAAAGUAUUUCAGGCUCAAGCCACUUCUCAGGCAGGUUAAUGGACACUGGAUCCAUUGUUACAUAAAAUGACAUCAAGUUUUGAAGAAAGAAGAGGGAGCUAAAUGGUGGAGAUGAGUGUGUAGAGAUGACUUCCUGACUUGCCAGCUGCUGGCUGAUGGGAAGUGACUGUGGAACAUGAUGACUAUGCUUUCUUUCUAGUUCAUUCAUACCCAUCCUGAAAGAUAGCCAUCAGGAAGAUCCAGGCCUGGUGGAUGAGAAGAGCUAUCAAGAGAAGAGACAAGCAGAGCACAGCAGUCUCUGCAGUUGGCAGCCGGAUCUGACUACUGGCUGUGUUGUGAGGUGGGCAGAAACUUGAACUUGUGCAGUGAGUCUUUACAGUGGUUAUUCAGAGGAGUAAGAUUGAUGAUGUGGCCUUUUGACUGAAUUGAGA